AAAACUUUUCCGCAUCAGCAUCUGCAGGCCAAGAAAGUCAGGUCUUUCACAAAGGCAGCCUAUGUCCUGGUCACAAGAUCUCGAGGAUCAUUAAUGAUGUUCAGCUCCCCCUUCACCACCCACCUGAAGUAUCCCCUCCACUGUCGGUCUUCACAAAGUUUAAACAUUUCUAAAUGAAAACAAAGUACCUGAAACAUAUUAGAGAUAGAAUACAGAAAUCACAAGACUUUAUUUUUUAAGAGGCUUUAAUGUGAUAUCAAAAAAUGUUGGCAAUUAGCCGUUGAUUCAGAUGCUGAGCUACUUGCUGGCUGGCUUUGGGCUAUCACUUCCUGUCUGAAUUUUACUUUCUCUUUACGUGAAAUGAGAAUAAUGCCUAUCUGGGUGUACACACUAGGAAACACAUUUUAUGUCACAUCCCCAUAUUCACGUCAGUUCAUCCUGGCCCACAAUCCCUUAUCUGCAAUUCCAGAAUCUCCAAAUCCCUGCAUCUAAACAUUUUUGAGCAACACACUGGAGUAGGAACCCCGCCCUCCUUGUUGGUCUGAGACUGUUCACAGCCAUCACACUCACUGUCUCAAGUGAAUGUGGAAAUCGAUUUGUUUCGCUGUGAAACACACUAACGCAGUUGAUGACCAGGCUCUGUGAUGGCUUUUGGAAGGAUGAAAAUUUCUUCUGAGUUAUGCACUUCAACAUAGUUCCCACAGUGGAUUUUGAAUGUGCUCAAAUCAAGGAUACGAUAAAUGUUGGUGGAGAUGACGUGCAAAUUCUGUGAAAUAUCACACUGUACCUAAGAGAUAUGUACAAUUGUUAUAGGUCAUUAAAAUAUAAAAUUUUAAAUAAUCUUAAAAUAAUUUUAAAAGAUUAAAAAGUUUGGAUUCCUAAGCACAUUUAGGUCCCACAAAGUAAUUUAGAUAAUAUCAGAUAUAUGAAAUACUUUACAAAAACAACACUCACCCUUAUUCUGUUCAAUACUCUGAUGUUGUCUAUUCUGUUUCCUUUUUAAAUGUUGCUGUUGAGCCAAGAAACUAUUUUCACAACCAACUGAUGGGUUGAAAUUCACAUCAGGAUGAUGCAGGUACACAGGGUAGAGCAUGUAAUGGGCUUGUGGUAGAGGGAAGCCAUAUGGGGAACUUUCCCACAUCUCAGGGCUGAAAGACUCACUUUCUCAUUGCCCUGAGUUGAAAAGGCUUCAUUUCUCUGCAGAGCACCACGGCAUAGCCUGGUGUAUUAGACUUCUGGGGCUCUAUCCUACCACACUACAGCCUAGAUGGCUUAAACAAAAGAUGCCUUUUUCACCAGGGAUUUAGCUCAGUGGUUCCACUGCCUGCUUCACAAAUGGAAGGACCUGAGUUUGAUCCCUGGUACAAAAAACAAAAAAAGAUGUCUUUUUUAUGGUUCUGGAAGACAAAGUCAUUGAUCAAGGUGGGCAGGGUUGGUUCUGGUGAGGUCUCUCUUCCUGGUUUGCAGAGGGAGGCUUCUCAACUGUGUCUGUACAUGGCUUUUCCCUGAGCAUGGACAGUGAGAAGAAAGAGGGACAAUGGGCAGCAGGAGAGGGAAGGAGAGAUCUGGUGUCUUUUCUGUUCCUGUAAUGACACAUGCCCUAUGGAUUUGGGCCCUACUCUUAUGACCUCAUUCAAUUUUAAUUAUGUCACUGCCUUAUUGACUUUAUCUGCAAAUUCAGUGACUGGGAGUUAGGGCUUUAACUAAUGAGUUUGUGGGCCGGGAUUUAGCUCAGAGGUUCUGUUGCCUGCCCACAAGCACAAGGACCCGAGUUCGAUCCCUGGAACCAAAAAAACCCCCCAAAACUUAUGAGUUUGUGGCACACAAUUCAGUGCAUAACACUGCUGGCUUCAUGAAAAAUAUCACAUUUGUCCAGUUGUUGUGUUACACACCUGUAUUCCUAUGUCUUCAGGUGGCUGAGACAAGAGGAUAGCAAAUUUCAGUUUAGUCUGGGCAACUUAGGGGGACCUUGUCUCAAACUAAAAUGAAAUAGAUCUCGGCAUGUAGUCCAGUAGAAGAGCACUUGUAUGUGUAAGGCCAUUGAUCCCUAGUAUAUACUUGGAAAAUCAAGAAACAAAACAAAAACAAAAUCCCCCAAACAAAACCAUGUGAGAGCUGCUCAGGAAGAUGAAUAUUUAACCCGUCAUCCCCCACCAAGCUCUCUUCUAACUUUAUUCUUCUUUGUCCCCAACUAGAGAGCAACAGCUUUAUGGAGUAUGUCACUGAGGAUGUUCUGGGCACCAUGAGCACUGAUGACCUGCAGAUACUGCUGAGGAAUGAUAGAGUCUGGGAGAGCUUCGUGGAGAAAGCCAAACUGUCCAGGUGACCUGCAUGUUGUCCCUAACGAAUGCCACCUUGACCUGCAUUCCUCUGGUCUUCUCUGGGCAGACACACCUCCUCCAGGCAGCUUCCUGUGGUUGGGGUUGAUGGGGCCCCUUUUCCACAACUCCUGAUGGAAAUCUCCUGCCAGGGAAUGACCUCAGGCUGAGGGGAGGUGGUGCCCAUAAGGCACAGGGUCACUUCUGCCAUCUGGUUGUUAUGUGACCUUUGAGAAUUACUUUGCCACUUCUUGCCUUAGUUUCUUCAUUCAUUUUUUGGUUGUUGUUAGUACCAGGGGUCGAACUCAGGACCUUGAGCUUUCAAGGCAGGGGUGGUGUCACUGAGUUAAUUCCCUGGCUCCAUUGUGUUUUAUUGUAAGAACAAUAAGAUAAUACAUGGAAAGGUCUCAGCAUAAGGCUGAUACAUAGUAGGUGCUCAAGCAAAUACAGAUUUUAAAAGCCAGGUGGGAAACGGACAGGGCCAAGAGUUUCCUCCUUGGAGGUGUGAACAGUGGAGAACUUGCUUUGGGGCAUGUGAGAAAAAUCUAGACACGAUCAAGUUGUGCUCUUGGGGAUUGUGCCUUGGGUCAUUUUUCUCCCCAUCUGAAGAACUGUACGAACACAGGAUCCUUCUGUGGUCCAGGGGGCAGAGGGGCCAGGGGUUAGACAGAGUGGGUGGGCCUCUGACUGUCCAGGCUUAUGCUUAUGCUGUGAGGACACAGAGAGUUGCCUGUUCCUUGGGGCCACCCACUCCAUCUGAUAGGGCUGUGGGAAGGCCUGGGCAUAAGCUUUGGUCAGAGUAAGGGAACAGAGUGCUAGUGUUGUGCCCAGAUCGUGAAGUCCCAGAGACCACCAGGAGGCCGUUUCCGAUGGAGCAGAGUGUAGUCAUCAAAACAUGGGAUGUGGACCAGAGAGCCGAGUUCAAGUCCUGGCCCCUGCAGCUCUGUGAAAAUAUGGCCUGGAUGGCCUGAGGAGCUGUAAGGAAACCUCCCAGAGACGCUGCUGCUGAUACCAUGGCCUCUGUCUCCUCCCCAGAUAGUGACAGUUUCGUAGAAGACGUCAUUGAGUAUAUCAUGGACACACUGAGCAGUGAGGACCUGCAGCAACUGCUGACUGAAGAUGGCUCCUGGGAGAUAUUGGUGGAGACGACUGAUUUGACCAGGGAGGAGGCAGAUGCUGUACGUGAGACUCUGACUGAGCUGGAAGCACACAAAGAGAGGUUUUUGAAUGCAUUUCCUCAUGUGAAAAAGGAGCUGGAGGAGGGCAUAGCCAAGCUCUACGGGCUUGCAGAUAAGGUUGACAAGGUGCACAAGGACUGCACCAUCACCAAUGUGGUGGCCAGCUCCACCGGUGCUGUCUCUGGGAUCCUGACCAUCCUUAGCCUGGCUCUGGCACCUGUGACAGCAGGUGGCAGUCUGGUGCUAUUGGCCACUGGGAUCGGGCUGGGAGCAGCAGCUUCUGUGACUGAUGUUUCUUCUAGCAUUGUGGACCACUUAAACAAGUUGUCAGCAAAAACUAAAGCCAAGGACCUGCUGUCAACCAGCAUGGACACAGAGAAGGAGGUUUUCCAGGCUGUGGGUGAGGCCACACCCAAAGUUGCUUCUGCAGUCAAGAAGUGUGUGGAAGCCUGCCAAGCCAUUGGGAAGAACAUCUGUGCCAUUAAGUCGGGCAAAUGCAACCCUCGGUUACUAGCCAAUGCCAACCUUCUCAUGACAACUGGGAAAAUCUCAGCCCGAAGUGGUAAGCAGGUGCAGAGAGCCCUUGGAGGGACUGUUCUGGCAAUGUCCAAAGGAGCCCGGAUCAUGGGUGCAGUCACUGCAGGCAUCUUCUUUCUGGUGGAUGUGUACAACCUUGUGGAAGAUUCAGUGCAUUUGCACAAGGGGGCAAAGACAGAGUCAGCUGAAGAGCUGCGGCAGCAGGCUCAGGUUCUGGAGAGGAAGUUGGAGGAGCUCAUCCGGAUCCAUGAGAGUUUGCAGUCUGACCUGACUAAGUGAUACCCAGCCCAAGCAGUGCAGAUCUCAGGGCCCUUGUGCUUUUCUUUUUUUUUUUCUUCUUUUUUUUCCCUUGUGCUUUUCAAACACAUGGACAAAGGCAGGAAGUGUAGAGGGGAAAAAAGGAGGCGAUCAAGUCUGCAAUUGGGCAGGUGUUAAGGAAUUUUGGAUUUCUUUGGCUGAGCAUCGCCAAGUGGGGUUUUACUGAAGAUAAAUGGAUCACAGAGAAACCUCGGGAGAAAAGGAGAAGUGACUAAAGCAUGUGGGAAAUAGGAAAGAAGAGUUUAUUUUGUCCUAAGAAUUCACUGGAGACCUGGAUAGAAGCAGCUGGAGGAAGAAGCAGUGGGAAGUUGGGGAAAACAGAAGAGCAGAAAUUCAGAGCAGCCAGACUUGGAACUGGUUGGGUAUGGGAGGGUAAAGCAAGCUCUGUUUCCCAUCCUUCACACAGGCUGAUGUCUCAGCAAGAGUGCAGUCUGUCCUCUUUCUUUCCAGGGUCAACAAACCCUUGUCUCUGUCAGGCAGUCACUUCCUGAUGAUGAUGAUGAUGAUGAUGAUGAUGAUGAUGAUGAUGAUGAUGAUGAUGGUGAUGAUGGUGAUGAUGGUGAUGAUGAUGAUGAUGGUGAUGAUGAUGAUGAUGGUGAUGAUCAUGAUCAUGAUGAAGAUGACCGUGUUGGGGGUAGUGAUGAUGAUGGUGGUACUGGUCAUGGUGUUGGGGGUAAUUGUGGUGAUGGUGGGGGUGGCGAUGGGGAUUGAUGACAGUAGAGCUGGUGGAGUACUUCACACAUGGUCUGCUCACUAGAGUAAAGGAACAGAUCAAGGAACCUGGUGGUGUGUGGAGAAAGACCGGCUAGGUGUGGAGAAAAUCAGCCUCUCUGAGCCGCACUUUCCUCCUCACUUGGGAGAGGGAAGGCUGGACAAGAAUUAUCUCAAAUCUGCCCCACUGUCCUCUAUUAUGUUCCAUAGACUUGGGUUUAAUAAAUAUUUACUCAUUGUUCUGGAAAAACUGGAUGUAAAAUCAGCAACUGCCUUAGGCAUCAACUGCCAUGAGACCAAAGAAAAAGAUCCAGGAUUACAGAGUCUAAUCUUUAUUGGGGACCUAGGGACAGAAGCCUGGUCAAGCGCAGUGGCAAGACCAGUGCAUUCCACAACAUGGGUCAGAGGGAGACGCUUGCACAGUAGUCAGGACAGAAGCGACUUCAUCCAAGCCUGAGUGCACCUGGUUUUACCUCAAGCAAACAGCAGAGAUUUUUUUUUUUUAGAGCUGUAAUAAACAAAUUCCUUUUAUAAACAAAAUUUUAACUGAAAAGCCACAGUAGAUGGAAAAGAAGAAAGGAUAUUACUUGGUAAAAUCCAGUGACAUCUACA